UUUCUGAGGAGUUAGGUCUUAACUUGUUGACUUAGGAAUAAAACUUCAAAGUAUGCUAAAUCGGAAAUCACUCAGUUUUGCAUGUCUUUGACAAGAACUAAGUUCAUUAGUAGAGAGUGAAGUGCUCGUGGUCCAGGCAGUUGAUGCUUCAAAGUUUGUUUAAUUUCAAUCCAAGAUGCUGGAGCCCAGGAUAACUAUAACGAAAAGAGAACGCAGUGAAACAAACAGCGGAGAUCAAAGGUUACAGCAACGGUGGGAGAGAAACAUGCUGUCUGUAAGACAAAGUCGCAACAGCUUUCCUUCUUCAAGGCGAAAACUACCACCUUUGGACGGUCGGUACAAGCACCAUGACAACGAGCUCAACUCCAACGACAGACGAUUCGAUAAAAGCGGUGCACUUCGUGAGAUUGCAAGUCUUCCAAAAAAGAACAGGGACAAGGCAAUUGAUACCAGCGAAGUAACUAACAGUAAUUCUGACGGGUCUGAAACAAAUUUCCCAAAAGUUGCUCGAACUAUUCAAAUGGCAUCAACAUGGCUGAAAAAAAGUCGCAAAAAGCCACAGCAACAACAACAGCGAGCUGACUCGUUUUUAGAGCGACUGGAAAUGUUUGACCCUACUGUUAGUCUCGGCAGCAUAGAACCAUCUCGAGAUCCUUUCGAUACUUCCAAAUUUAACGUCGCUACAUACAAGAACUGGACAAUAGACCCGUCUGGAAAGACAUUGUUUGUUUGGCUUUUGGUGAUUGCCAUAGCAGUGUUGUAUAACUUGAUCUUCAUCAUUGCAAGGCAGUGUUUCCACCAACUUCAUGAUAGUUCUCCUGCAUUGUGGUUUGUUUUGGACUAUUUGUGUGAUGUCAUUUACGGGCUGGACAUUUUUGUUCAGUUUCGAACAGCUUAUCUUGAUCAAGGUCUUCUCGUCAGAGAUCUGAAAAAGUUACGAAAGAACUACAUGCUUAGCAGAAUUGACUUCAAACUGGACAUCUUAUCAAUUCUACCGUAUGACUUGCUCUAUUUUGUCGUUGGUACUGAUCAAACUAUCGUUCGAAUUCCCAGGAUUCUACGGCUGUAUCGAAUCUUAAUACUCUUCCAAAAAUCCGAAACGAAGACACGGUACCCAAAUGUCUUGCGCACGAGUGCUGUAGUGUCAGCCUUUCUUCUCGUGUUUCACUGGAAUGCUUGCUUUUAUUUUGCUACAUCAGAAGCAAUAGGUUUUGGCUCUGAUAAAUGGGUUUACCCCAACCUUACCUCCCCAGGGUAUGAUAAACUAUCUCGUCAGUAUUUAUACAGUGUUUAUUGGUCAGCAAGAAUGAUGAUCACAGGAGAAAACGAAAACCCGCCAGAGACAAACAUGGAACUUCUCUUUGUGAUUGUAGACUUGACGCUUGGAUAUCUGACUUUUGCAGCCCUAGUUGGGCAGUUUGGCGCCAUCUUAGGACAAAUAAUGCGCGCGCGAGUUGACUUCCUUAGCGACUCCGACACAAUCAAGCAGUAUCUUCAAAACAAUAAUGUUGGGCACGACUUGGAAAACCGAGUUGUCUCUUGGAUUGAAUAUAUGUGGCAAACAAAACAUUCGUUAGAUCAUGAACGAGUGCUUCAAAAGCUACCCGAGAAGCUGCGCGCGCAAAUUGCGGUAUACGUUCACCUUGCGGCGCUCAGACGCGUUCCAAUUUUCGCAGACUGCGAGCCAGGACUUCUGCGCGAGAUUGUAAUUAAACUUAAAUCCCAGGUUUACUCUCCUGGUGAUUAUAUCUGCAGAAAAGGAGAUGUCGGAAAAGAGAUGUACGUAGUCAAAAGCGGUUGUCUUCAAGUCGUGGGGCAAGAUGGCCUCACAGUUCUUGCAACGCUCUCGGAGGGAAACUACUUUGGGGAGAUUAGUAUACUAAAUUUAACAGAAAUUGGGAAUCGUAGGACUGCAGACGUACGUUCGGUCGGUUUUUCUGAUCUGUUGUGUUUGUCUAAAGACAAUCUGUUGGAAGCUUUAACGGAUUAUCCUGAAGCACGAACACAGCUGGAGGACAGAGGAAGACAAUUACUAAAUAUACCCAGACAAAAAUAAUAUAUUAUUUCAUCACUUUUAAAUUCCUCUUAAGUCCUUGUUUAUCAGUUUAUUUAUUUUUCAUAUGGAGUCGAUCAAUCAUUGAUGCGCAUUGCUAGAGCACUAGCUUUUUAUAGUAAAUCCAUUUAUUCGUGUAAGGGCUAGCAGGUGUCGCCAUGCCGCCUCGAGCGCAAUUAACAUUAACGAAAGAUUUUAACAAUACAUACUUUAUAGAUGAAACUAUCAUAAUCUAGCAUAAUGGAUUCUUUAUCUUAAUUUGAAAAAUAAAAACGUGUUUCUCAUCAGGAA